CGCUGUGGGUUUCAUGGCGGCCGUCUGGCAGGAGGCACCGGAGCUCCCCGGCUGGAGCGCCGGUGGCUUACAGGCCUUCACCCGUUCGCCCCCGCGUUAGCUGUUGAGACGCAGAGUUGUCGAUCUCUUAAUAAACUGUGGGUAUAACAACUAGGGGUUUAAAAGGAGAGGGUUUAAGGGGAAGGUGUGAGGUGCCGCGUCCAGGAAAAGCUGUGUUGUCACUGGCCUAAGGAAGGUAAACUCCUCCUGCGAGGCAGUGCUGAUGGGAAUAUGUGUCCGGGUUGCGUGGAAGGAGAAGUGUGAAGAAGCGUGGGAAAAUGAUCUCUAUAACUUUCAUUUUGAUUUGGAUUUGAUGUCUUGGGACUCCGACCUUUGGAAUAUUACAGGCCAUGCUUAUACAGAUGCAAGCGUGAAGACAGAACCCUUAUCACCAGCCACUUCAAAUUGUUCGGUCCCUUCUCCAUCGUCUGUGGACUCUCCAGUGCAGAAUGUGCCUGAUGAUGUGGACUUCAGCUGUAGCUCCCAGAUGUCUCCCAUCUCUCUCUACAGCAAGAGUUGCAGAAGUCCUGCAUCCCCCGAAGGAGAUGGAGGGAAGAAGCCUGCUGUCAGCAUCACUUCUCGGUCUGCAAAUAAUUCUGCGAGGACCCUGAAGAGGUGUGGUCAGACAGUGUCCAGGCCUUUGAUACAACCCAAACCUCUUUUGCCUGCUGUACCUGAAGCUCAGGCUAACGUUGGCAUCCCAGCUAAAACCAUCAUUAUUCAGACUCUUCCCACGCUUGUGCCACUGCCAAAGCAUCAGCCAGUUGUUAACAUCCAGCCAGCGCCUCCUAAAGGUCAAUCAGUGGUGCUCCCCCAGCCUGCUGUGGUACAGCUCCAGGCUUCUGGAGUGCUUCCUGCCUCCCAGCCAGUCAUUGCCGUCACUGGAGGGACCACACCACUUCACAAUCAUACGGUGAAUGCAUUGUCUCCAGCUGCUGGAAAUGGCUCAGCAAGCGGCAAAAUACCAGUGACUAAGCCCUUGCUUCAAAGGACCACACCAGCAAUGGGGCUGGAUGUCAAUGUCUUGAGAAGGCAGCAGCGCAUGAUCAAAAACCGGGAGUCAGCCUUUCAGUCUCGGAAGAAAAAGAAAGAAUACAUGUUGGGACUGGAGGCGAGGCUGGAGGCAGCCUUAUUGGAGAACGAGAAACUCAAGAAAGAAAACAGCACACUGAAGAGGCAGCUGGAUGAAGUAGUGUUAGAGAAUCAGAAGCUCAAAGUAUCGUCUCCAAAGAGAAGGACCCUGUGUGUGAUGGUGAUACUGGCUUUCAUAAUGUUGAAUUAUGGUCCAUUGAGUGUAUUUGAAAAGGAUCCCAAUGGAAUUGAUUCCACUGCGAGUUCCAGCCACCGGACUAGAAAUCUUCUGGAGUUCUCAGCUAGCCAGGAGUCCAGCACAGCUCAGAAAAUACCUGGGGACAUCAUUCCUGAGAAGAGUAAUAGGUAUGAUCAUUCUGUAUCUGAUAACAAAGCACUGAUGAUAGUCUCAGAAGAACCACUGUUAUAUAUUUCACCACCACCACCACCCUGUCAGCCCCUGAUCAACCGGACAGAGUCGCUCAGGCUGAAUCAUGAACUUCGAGGAUGGGUUCAUAGACAUGAAGUGGAACGAACAAGAUCUAGAAGGUUGUCAAAUAACCAACAGCAGAAAGCACGGGUUAUGCAGAGCUCCCUCAGUGAGAAGGCAGAUUCCCAGCUAAUGGCCAUGCCUUACACAGACACCAGCCUCAGCAGGAACUCAGGGAAUGAGCUGCAAGUGUAUUAUGCCUCUCCAAGGAGCUAUCAAGAUUUUUUUGAAGCUAUUCGCAGAAGGGAAGAUACAUUCUACGUGGUGUCAUUUCGCAGAGACCACCUGUUAUUGCCAGCCACCACACAUAACAAGACCAGAAGACCAAAGAUGUCUAUAGUGUUACCAGCUGUCAACAUCAAUGAGAAUGUGAUCAAUGGGCAGGACUACGAGGUGAUGAUGCAGAUCGACUGCGAAGUGAUGGACACCAGGAUCCUCCACAUCAAAAGUUCAUCUGUCCCUCCAUACCUCCGAGAGCAGCGCAGAAAUCACACUGACACCUUCUACAGCGCGUCUCCCUCCGUCUCGGAGACACCCCAUACCCUGAGGGCUAUUGUCAAAUCCCUGCAGUAGCUCCUGCGGUGUAGCAGCACGGCCUGUGCGCCCGGCAUGCAGCAGGUCCUGCUGCCUGAUGGAGCCCCUUCGCUGGCAGGUCCCUGGGACUUCUGGCACAUCGGCACAGCAAGGGCAGACCCCGCUUAGCCCAUUCCUGUGCCUGACCCUACCCAAUGGCCGCAUCCUGCCCAGGGAAUAUACAGCUCAGCUGGCCGCUUGCCAGGGACAGACCUGGGGGGACCCAGGCAGCGUGCGAUGCCUGGUGCCGAAGGUGCAGGUGCGGCACGCUGCUACAGUUCUGGUGUCAGCAUCAGCAGCUGGUGCCUGGGGCUGGUGCAGGAGGGGACACGGGACGUCCUUGCUACUUAUGCACUGUCCAAAAUUGUGGGUUGGUUUGUUUUUGGUUUUUUUGUUGGUUUUUUUUACUUUUUGUUCCUGUUAAACUGCCUCCUGAGGUGGCGUGCUGAGCACUGGGGUCCUGCCCAGAGACACAGCUGCAGAGGCCCGUGCUCGAGGUCAGGCUUCCAUCCCUGCAGUGCACUCGGGGCAGCAGGAGGAAGCCGUGUCCGGCUCCCAGCUGCGGGUGCAGGCAGAGCCGCAGCCGCACAGCCCACGCCGGGCCUGCCACCCUAGCCCUGGCCCUGCGCCCUAGGAGCAAGAGCAUCCCUCCUCUUCCAGAGUGGCUGUGCUGGCCUUGGCCAGACAGCCCUGCUCCUCGUCAACGCCACACGCCUGCCCAAAUCCCUGCCUGUGUAGCCUCCCUUGCCGGGAAGCCCUGGGCUGGUGCCCAGGGUUGCAGCGGUGCCAUGGGGCAGCCCAGCCCCAGCCACCCAGCUGGGUGGUGGGAACCAGCACUUACAGCCAAAGCACUACAAGCAGAACAACCCGCACGGCUGCAGUGGUACGGGGUCUGAGCUGCCCUCCGAGGCAGUGUUACGCACACACACACACACACACACGCAUGCAUGCACACACACCACACAUCCCCCCCAAAAACCUACGUGUGCUCUCCCGCACACUGCUGCUGUCUUCCUCAGCCCACGCGGCCGUGUGGCAAAAGGCUGGGGCUUGGCCCAAGGGUGGUGAUUUGGUGCAGCACAUGCAUUUCUAACGAUUGUACUGCUGUUCUUUUUGUUUUGUGGUUUUUUUUCCCUCUGUUUUGUUUGGUUGUUUGUUGGGGUUUUUUUGGGGGGGACGUUGUGAUAUUUAAUGCUUUUCACUGCUAACAGCCUACGGAGUGGCGCUGGCCAUGCCGGGGUGGAAGAGCUGCUUCAGUUCAGUGGGACACAGCCACAGCACCUUCCUCCUGAACCACAGACCCACACAGAGACACGCACACAUACUCACCCCCACACCCCCCUUCUCUGCCUUGCCAGCACUGACAGCCACCCAUCACGCAGCAGGGGAGCGUGCCAUUUGCCCCAAAGCACUGAGCUACUAGACGUGGCUCUUGCUGCAGUCGACAUUACGAAGCCCGCUGCAGAGCUCUGUUAACUGGUCCCAAGUUUGUCAGCCAAGCCCUGGGCCAGAGGUGGGCCGAGGGGCUCCAGCGCGUGGUGCACUGCGGUGCUCAGCUGGGAUGAGACACCAGCAGAGCAUCGGCCUUUCGUAAUGACUUCAGCAUGUUACAUUAUUUUUUUUCCCCUUUGCAGUUAGCACAGAAGAUGGUGGGCUUCAGUUUGCCAGCCAACUGCCUUUCCUUCAUUGUCUGAACCGCUGACCGACUGAUGUGGUUUUUUUAUUAUCAUUAUUAUUAUUAUUAUUAUUUUUGUGUGUGGCCGUUAGGAAAUAAAGGUUGAUCCUGCAGCAAGACAAACAGCUUGGGGGGAGGCGAGGAGGAGGGUGAGGAGCAAUACACCCCUGUAAAGUAUGUGCCUUGCAACACUAUGGAAAAGCUUUGCCCUUUGCCACGUAGUCAGCGCGAGCUGCACAGGCCCCCCGUCCCCUCGGCGCUCGCGCUGCUGGGAAGCAGCCGGGCUCGGCAAGGGGUUUGGCUGCGCUCCUUGCACCAGUUCGUUUUCCUGGCCCCGGCCCCACCUGACUGUGGGCCAGCUCACACAAUAGUCAAAAAUAAAAAACCCCGGCGGUGCCCCAGCCAGAGGCACGCAACUCCCCCCCCCCCCCCCGCAGCCCCGGGCAGGGGCAGCCAGCUGCUCUGGGGGGUGUUUGCUGCUGGAGAGCUGGGGAGGGGACCCGGCGGCGGUGGCUGAGCUUGGCACAGCCCAGCACAUUGGAAAGGGCUGCUGCUGGUGGCCGGGGGCUCGGGGACCGCUGCGGCACCGCUGCGGCACCGCGUCCUCAGCCAGCACCUCUGGGCUCUGCUGGUGGAGAGCACCUCUCGUCCGGUGUAGUUCUGUUCUCUGUGUCCCUAGCACUGAAGGCAAUAAAAUGGUUCUUUUAUUUAUUA